CUCGGAGACUGACCUGGAGCGCUCUUCAACGCCGUCAUGAACCCCAAGACGGCCAACGUGCCGCAGACGGUGCCCAUGCGGCUGCGGAAGCUGCCCGACUCCUUCUUCAAGCCGCCGGAGCCCAAGGCACACUCCCGCCAGGCCAGCACUGAUGCAGGCACUGCGGGAGCCCUGACCCCACAGCAUGUUCGAGCUCAUUCCUCUCCAGCUUCCCUGCAGCUGGGAGCCGUGUCCCCGGGGACCCUGACACCCACUGGAGUCAGCUCCGGCCCCGCAGCUGCACCCAGUGCUCAGCACCCUCCGCCAGUCCUCCUUUGAGAUACCUGACGAUGUACCUCUGCCUGCCGGCUGGGAGAUGGCCAAGACCUCCUCUGGUCAGAGAUACUUCUUGAAGUAAGUGACGGUCACAGUGAGAGGUCGUUUUCUAAAGAAAACAAAUUUUGGAAAGCACA